AUGCACCCGGGUCCCCUGCUGAGCCCCACCUGUGUGUGCGCUGUCCCACCUUCCUCAGCACUGCUGUCUGCUGUGAGAAUCAACGGGGAUGGCCAGGAGGUCCUGUACCUGGCGGAGGGGGACAACGUGAGGCUGGGCUGCCCCUACAUCCUGGACCCUGAGGACUACGGCCCCAACGGGCUGGACAUCGAGUGGAUGCAGCUCAACUCGGACCCAGCGCACCGGGAGAAUGUGUUCCUGAGUUACCAGGACAAGAGGAUCAACCACGGCAACCUGCCACACCUGCAGCAGAGGGUCCGCUUCGCCGCCUCGGACCCCAGCCAGUACGACGCCUCCAUCAACCUCAUGAACCUGCAGGUGUCCGACACGGCCACUUACGAGUGCCGGGUCAAGAAGACCACCAUGGCGUCGCGGAAGGUCAUCGUCACCGUGCAAGCGCGGCCCGCCGUGCCCAUGUGCUGGGCUGAGGGCCACAUGUCGCAAGGCAACGACGUGGUGCUGAAGUGCUUCGCCAACGGGGGCACCCAGCCGCUGUCCUACCGCUGGGCCAAGAUCAGCGGGCACACGCACCCGUACCGCGCCGGCUCCUACCACUCCCAGCACAGCUUCCACUCGGAGCUCUCCUACCAGGAGUCUUUCCACGGCGGCAUGAGCUCAGGAAUGAACGGGGACCUCCUGCUGAAAGGCGUGACCAGCGAGGACAACGGGCUGUACCAGUGCACCGUGGCCAACCACGUGGGCUACAGCGUGUGCGUGGUGGAGGUGAAGGUGUCAGAUUCCCGCCGCAUCGGCAUGAUCGUCGGCGCCGUGCUGGGCUCGCUCCUCAUGCUCGCCUGCCUCAUGAUGGGCAUCUGGGGGCUGGUUUGCUGCUGCUGCAACGGCGGCGGCGUCGGCGGCGGCGCCCGCGGGGCCUUCGGCUACGGCGGCGGGGUCGGCGGCGGGGUCGGCGGCGGGGCCUGCGGCGACCUGGCUAGCGAGAUCAGAGAGGACGACGUGGCGCCCGGGUGCAAGGCCAGCGGGCGCGGCAGCCGCGUGUCCCAGCUCCUGGGGUACCCGACGCAGAACGUCCGCCGCUCGCGGCGCCGCCACUACGCGCCCCCGCCCUGCGGCGGCCCCGAGGACGUGGCGCUCGCGCCCCGCACCGCCGCCUGCGAAGCGGGCCCGGCUCCGGUCUACGUCAAGGUCCAGAGCGCCGAGCCCGAGUGCGCGCAGGCGCAGCUGCCCCACAAGGACGGGCUCCUGGUGUGAGCGCGCCGGCCCCGGCCGCGCCGCCGCGGGGACACGCGCCCGGGACGGACGCGCGCCGCGACGGGGACACGCGC